AUGGCGACUCUCAUUUCUCUUGACGACCAGCGUAUUUGGGCACCACCAAGGCACAAUUUCACCCAGGAAUCUUUUAGCGAACCAUCGUCCUGCAAGCAGCAGAAGCUACCGCUACAGCACAUAACUGCUCCAUCGCCUCCAGCAGACGGAUUCGUGCUGCCCGGAAGCAGCAGCAACGAUGCUAUAAUUAUUUCCUCCGAUGAGGAGGAUGACACGGACAAUGAAGAUGAUGGCGUCAACGAUCCGUUGCAGAGUUCUCGACCGUGUGAAUCGCAUUCGUCCGUUGCGGGAAACGAUGCGGCAAGUGAUGUAUCUGGAGAGUGGGAUGAAUCUUAUUAUGGAACAAUCGACGAUACCCAUCCUCAACUUCUCGGCACAGUAGAUGAUCAUACUGUCACUUCUCUGCCAGCGGCUGAACAAGACUCACUUCGGACAGAAGUAUCAAGACUAGCAUCAUCCGGUUCUGUAGCCCACGACUCAAUGGAGGCCCCAUUUAGCCAGUCUGCAUCCGUGCCACAAACUUCAGGCUACUCAGGCGAAAUGCCACUGGACCGGACAGAUUCCUUUGCAGCCGCUCAAGAGUCUGAUGACGAACUCUGCCCUUCUCACCAGCUUGAAACUCGGGGCCUGACUUUGCUGAAUCAUAAUGACUUCGUCGACGAUAUCAAUAACGCCGACGCCUCGGCCAAUGUCCAGAAGGCAGGCAACAGCGCUCUUGUGCUUUUGCCCCUAGGUUCGAGGACUUUUGACCAUGCGACUGUCCCAAAUACAAUCCAAGAAAGCAAGCCCUUGGAUGGAUCAAUUGGCAAAGCACAAGACUUCAUGGACAGUCAAGGAUGCCACACAGUGGAAUCCAACACGCAACAUCUCGAAGAAAUCCAGCCCCGAGCAGCCGCAGUUAUUAACGCAGAGGGAAGGACUAGGACGCCCAACAUAUGUGACGGUCGCAACAAGCGCCGGAGGCGCAAAGCUUGCGAACCCACGGGCGAAGGAAGUGACAGCGGUGAUGAAUUUACCCCAGCACGGAAGCUUCGGAAAGCAAGUUCGCAUCGUCAAACACAAAAACGGAAUCCAAGCCGUUGCCGCAAAUCUAAAAGAGACGUCACCGAAUCGCAAGCAAAGAAUCACGGGAACAUUUCUGGGAGCAAAGAUUAUAAUCUUGACACCACCAUCGCAAGUUAUGAGGAAUGGCUUCUUUCAGAUGCCGUGCUCAAAUGUAUUCGCGAUAACGGUACCAUGACGUUUCAAAUGCAAUUCACCCACACGACCUCUCCCUGUGGUAUUCACACCAAACACCCAAAGGAUACGACAGACGAGUCUCCCCCAGACACAGGUCAGCCGCAUACCGGCGCAAAAAAGCCCAAAGACCGCAGAUGGUUCAAGACGAAGGCUUUGACUCCAGAGCAAGACGUUCUAACCUAUCAAGCAUCGCCGAAUGACAAUGACAACGCUGGUAUCUACCAAGCGGAAUUACUAGCACGGUGGGGUAAGAACCUCUUCUUUCUAAGGUGGGACGUUGAUGGCAGUACUGGUUGGGAGCCACGAAGGAACAUUCUGGACAAGAAUAUGCUACACAAUUUUGAGUCAACUUACACCGGAUUUGAUAAGGGAGUCGAUGUGUUGCAUACGCGCCAAAGCAAACGUGGUAAGCGGCAAUAUCUUUUGCAUUUCCACGGUCGCCCUCAAUCCGAAGAUUUUUGGGUUAGUACGGACUUAUUGAGCUCAACUCUCCUUGAAAGAGCCAGGCAGCUGCAUUUCGACCAACUAGAAUGA